GCCGGAUGUGUGGUCGCGUCUGAACUUGCUUCCCUUGUGUGGACGCCUCACGAGCGAGCACGAGCAGACAGACUCUCCGCCGUGACAGGGAACCGCUCGUUCGCCUUCAUCCGACCAGCUUGUCCGGCGUACAGUUGCCGAACGGAACCGCCGUCGCCGUUCUCCCGUGGAAGCGCCGAGAAGGGCGCACGCAAGCUCGACUCGUCAGCAGGCGAAAGUUCCCCGAAGCCUUCUUCCUCCCUCCUUCCCUCUCUCUGGCCAUGGCAGUGGGGCCGGGGCUGAGUGGCCGCCUCUACCCCGCCGCCGUUGUAUCGGUGGCGGCUGCGGCGCUGGUCGUGCUCGUGCGGAGCGGAGGCGCGUUCAACCUGGACGCCGAGCGGCCGUCGGUGUACGACGGCCCGUCGGGCAGCUACUUCGGCUUCUCGGUGGACUUCUUCAAAGCAGCCAACAAGCAACAGUCGGACGUCCUGAUCGGAGCACCACGGGCCAACACGUCGGGCGACGUGCUGGAGCGAGGGGCCGUCUACAGCUGCCCCUGGGCGGGCGGCGUCGCCUGCCGCCAGCUCCUCUUUGACACGUCAGGCGACAGGAAGAACGCCGACGGCGCGCAGAUGGAGUUCAAGUCCAAGCAGUGGUUCGGCGCCUCCGUGCGCUCGGACGGCGAGCACAUCCUGGCGUGCGCGCCGCUCUACCAGUGGUCCACCUUUGGCGUGUCGGAGCGCGAGCCGGUGGGAACGUGUUUCCUGAAAAGAGACGACACGGUGGUGGAAUAUUCUCCCUGUCGCUCACGUGCCAACUCCCCAGAGGGCCAGGGCUUCUGCCAGGCUGGCUUCAGCGCCGACUUCCUCAAGACCGACAAGCGAGUGGUGGUGGGAGGACCCGGAAGCUUCUACUGGCAAGGUCAACUAAUAUCGGACGACGUGUCGGAAAUCUUUGCCCGCUUCGACAAGAGCUACGUCAGCCCCUACGGAAAGACGCUGGCCACAAAGUCGGCGGGCGCCCAGUAUGAUGACAGUUACCUGGGAUAUUCGCUGACUGUCGCAGACUUCAACGACGACGCAAUUGAAGAUUACGUGACGGGCGUGCCGCGGGGCGACAAGGCGCUGGGUUACGUCAACAUCUUCAACGGCCACAACAUGGAGUCCAUGGUCAACUUCACGGGCAGUCAGAUGGCUGCCUACUUCGGACACUCUGUCGCCGCCAGCGACGUCAACCAGGAUGGGUUGAUGGACCUUCUGGUGGGCGCGCCUCUCUUCAUGGACCGAGGCUCCGACGGCAAGCUGAGGGAGGUGGGACAGGUAACGGCCACGUGCGUCUCACGCCUUCGUCCGGCUGGGUCUCACUGUGACGCCUUUUGGCUGCAGGUCAGCGUGCUCUUGGGUCGAGGAGGCUUCUCUUUCCGGCCGCCGCUGACGCUCACCGGCUCCGAAGUGUACGCCCGAUACGGCUCGUCCAUAGCCGCGCUCGGAGAUCUCGACAUGGACGGAUACAAUGACGUGGCCAUCUCGGCCCCAUACGGCGGUCCGGAGCGCCUGGGCCAGGUGUACAUCCACAAUGGCAGUCCUCAGGGCCUGUCGCAGAUGCCCUCGCAGGUCCUGCAGGGCAAAUGGGCCUCCAGCUACAUGCCAGCCAGCUUCGGCUAUUCCAUGACUGGGAACACGGACAUAGACCGCAAUGGCUAUCCAGAUUUACUGGUGGGAGUGUUUGGAGCUGACAGGGCUGUUUUGUACAGAGCGCGGCCGGUGAUCAGCGUCAACGCCACGCUGGACGUCAGCCCUCAGAUCAUCAACCCUGAGGGGAAGAGCUGCACGCUGCCUGCGACCGGCGCUGCCGUGUCCUGCUUCAAGGUCAAGUACUGCCUGUGGGCCAGCGGGGUGGGGGCGCCCUCUUCCCUCACGUUCCGCGUGGACGUGCUCCUGGACCGACUGAAGCAGAAGGAAGCGGCCAAGCGAGUCCUCUUCCUGCACAGCCGAAGCGUCGCCUACGCCAAGAACGUCACGCUGAGCAACGGCGGAGGGCCCGCGUGCGAGGAGCAGGACGUCUUCCUCAGGGACGACCGCGACUUCCGCGAUAAGAUUACGCCCAUCUCGGUGGUUCUGGAGUACGCCUUGGACUACGGGCGCGCCCGAGACCGCAACGGCCUGCUGCCCGUCCUGGACGUGGCCGCGCCGCCCAACGUCACCCGCCAGGCUCACAUCCUGCUGGACUGCGGCAAGGACAACAUCUGCAAACCCGACCUGCGGCUGUCGGUCCAGAGCGACCGUUCCGAGAUGGCCAUCGGCGACGACAACGCGGUGACGCUGGAGAUUGUGGCCGAGAACCGCGGCGAGGGCGCCUACGAGGCCGAGCUCCACGUCUUCCCGCCGCAACAGGCCGACUUUACCGGCGUGGUGCGCAGCCAGACGCUGAGCCGGCUGUCGUGCGCCUACAAGAAGGAGAACCAGACCAAGAUGGUGGUGUGCGAUCUGGGCAACCCCAUGAAGGCCGGAACCAAGGUGCUGGCCGAGCUGCGCUUCAGCGUCCACCAGCUGUCGGAGGACGACACGGACGUGCGCUUUGACCUGCAGAUGGUCAGCUCCAACCAGUUCAACAGCACCAGCCCCAGAGUGUCCAGCGUCACCAAGCUGGUCGUGGUGGCGCAAGUCUCCAUACGAGGCACGUCGUCUCCCGGCCAGCUGUUGCUUCCCAUCGCCAAUUGGCAAGCCAAAGUUCCUCCGCUCACCGGCGACGACAUUGGACCACAAAUUGUGCACGUCUACGAGCUGCUGAACAGUGGGCCCAGCACGCUGAGCCUGGCUUCGCUGGAGGUGGAGUGGCCGUACGGCCGCCACAAUGCCAGCCUCCUCUACAUCACCCACCUGGACACGGAGGGCCCCGUCAACUGCUCCAGCGACGUGCGACUCAACGCGCGCAACGUCACCUUGGAGAGUCCCUUGGCGGCGCUAAAAAACGCCAGCGCCGGAGACGGCCAUACGGAAGGCCGCAAGCGCGUGCGCAAGCGUGAGCUGCAGACCGGCGACGGCGGCGACGACGACGACAACCCGCUCAAGCUGGACUGCAGCACGGCGUCCUGUGUCAAGCUUCGCUGUCAGGUGGGACGUCUGGAGAGGAAGAAGAACGCCAUCGUCUUCAUUUACUCCCGACUGGACGUCAACAACUUCCUCAGAGCAGAGAACCAGAAUCGCUCGUACGUGCUGGAGUCCACCGCCUCCUUCAACGUCAUCCAGAUGCCCUACAAGAAGAUUCCGGCCACGCUGCCGUCCAACAGCACCGCCGUUAGCGUGUCGGUGCUGUGGGUGGCGGACGCCCCACAGCCGGUGCCGGCUUGGGUGGUGGCGCUGGCCGUGCUGGCCGGCCUUCUGCUGCUGGCGCUGCUCAUCUUCAUCAUGUACAAGCUGGGCUUCUUCAAGCGAGUGCGCCCCCCGCAGGAGGAUUGCCUGGAGAAGGAGCAGCUGCAGCCCGAGGAGAACGGAAACGCAGACACUUAGCCCGCUCUGGCCUGUAGCCUAGCUUAGCACAAAGGCACAUCCUGUGUGAGCACCAUCAUGGACUCUUUGCACUUUGUUGGCAUCGGCGCAAACUUGAGCAGACGCCAGCGACAACAAUCCAGCAGAUUUCUCCGCUAAGCUAGCCGUCGUCGGCGUGCUAGUUGCUGUUCUCGCUAACGUCGCUUUUGGCCAACGUGUUUGUUUAUUUUUUAACUCAACACUUUGUUGGAAAAGAUUAACUGAACCCGAGAUGUCCAAACAUUGCCUUUUACAUUUCUCUAUCGGCCGCUACCAAGUAUUCUAAAAAAACAACAACAAUUGACUAAUUGCCCCGCCCGCAGAAUGGUUCAGCAUUGAGAAGCUCAGUCCAACGUGACAAGACGGCUUAGGGCGGAUGCUAGCUGUUGCGCCCUCCAAAAAGUCGCUAUCCCUUCUCGUACGUACUUGGCUCGUCAUUUCUGCAUGCGAUGCCGAUGUGCUGCAAAGUUGGUCCUUCGAACGAUCGCCGCCACCACCAUGGCCGGCUUGACGUCGACUUUUACCUUGUACCGUUCCCACCGACGUUAACAAAUCCUCAUUUCAGAUGCUCAAAAAAAUCACUAAAUUUCGAGGCUAUCGUUAUUUCAUAUGGUACAAUAUGCCGCCGGGCAAAGGCAGACGUGAACGUGGAAUGGGCUUGGAUGCAGACCACGUGGGUGGCACGAGCGCAGUCGGUACCAUGUUACCCUUGAUAUGGCGGCCCUCCACUUUGUUGCCGAUUCCUCAAAGAAAUGAUUCAUCACAGAUGCGUGUUUUGACUAUUGCUAGUCCAUGUUUGUUUUAGUUGCUUUUCAAGCCUUAUUUUAAAAAAUGACUUGCUAGUUAGCAGAUGUAAACUGAACCUGGCUAACAGCCAAGCUAGCUCGCUCGGCUAAUUACGUUCAUCUCAUUGAGACGUGAGUCACCGCAACACGCUACUUCCGGUUCGUGUCGGGCUUCAGUCUGUAAGGUGGGGGGGUUUGUUUUUCUACUUAUGCUAGUAAACGCACUCGGAGCGCCGAAUGUUGUCGACAUCAGCCGACUCCCGACGCCUAAUGAGCUGAGCUAGCUCAGUGGUCUGACAUUGUUUUUUCUUCUUCAUUGAUACUGAUUUAUCUUGUCACCUAACUUUGAAAAUAAACUACUUUCUCAACAUCUGA